AUGAUUCAAACUGGCAAUUACAAGAUCCAGAACGUCAUGUUCAGCACCCAGUUCGCUGACUUGGCAAAUGCUAACCCAGCAGACGGCACCGAGGUCAUGGGUCACGAGGAAGAUGGCACCGCAGCCGGGCAAAAAAACCGUACAUUCUACAUUGAGGUCGUGAACGCGGUUCUGGGCCUUGCGACAAUCAAGAAUGAGACCAGCGGGACUUAUGUUACCAUCAACGAGACGACCAACAAGGUCGAAGGCAACCACAAGUCCCAGGAGCUUCAGUUCUCCACUGAGGGCGGGGGCGAUUACGUGAUCCAUCGGUACAACGUCAACAAUGUGUGGGUCCUCAACGAACCUGCCGACUGGACUCAGAUCACUACUGCUCCAGCUCCUCCUCCGGGCACUGCGGACUUCACGAAGAAGUACUGGCAGUUCGUGAAGCACCCAUUCGAGAUGCCAUCCAUUGGUUCGCUGUGGAUGUACAGUACCGUUUCGCCGCUAUAUCUGAAGCAGCUCACCAGGUAUCUCCGUGCACUGACACAUUCUAUAAGGAACAAUUCGGACGAUUUCAAGAAGAUGAACAGUCCUGUCACGACAAGCUAUCAUGACUUGUCACUUUAUAUAAAAUACAAUAACUUUGAUCGCAACCUUGGUCACGAAAUAGGUCCGAUGACCCAGGAGAUGACACUCUUUACUCAGGUUGCCAGACACCCAGCAAUUGUACUCGCUCCCGGCCGUCGGGACCCUUCACGGUCGCGCUUCGACUUGAAAAAGGUGUGGAUUGUCCCUAGUACCUUUUUGUUGAGGAGACUGCCCAUACACGCGUCAAGGGCUCGCGUCGACGAUACCCCGCCUCAUGAUAAUGAGGGGAAGCUUUCCCCGCAAGCAUCGAGGCUAGCCACUUCAACGAGUCACGCUGGUCAUCACCCCCAAGCCAAGCAGCAUAUGCCGGACUCUUCUUUCAUUGAUGUUGAACGUCCAAUCUAUUGCCAUGUUCCUGCUACCCGCAGAACGCCAGCCUUUACACCGGGCACAGUCACUCAAGAGUGGAACAACCAUGCUUAUGGCAUCUUAGCAACUGUGUCCAUCUCCGGAUCCCCCGCCGGGUCCGAUCUAAAGGCCAUGUCUAUUGACGAGGGGCCGCUGGACUCUAGACAGUCUCGGAAAAGGAGUUCCAGAAUGUCUGUUGAUCCUUCCCCGUUGACAGGCACCUAUCGCAAGGCUUCGUCCCAGAUGUCGGUUGAUCCAUCUUCACCGUAUGUUGAUCAAAGCAUUCAGCGGAAGGCUUCAUCGCGAAUGUCGGUUGACGUUCCUUCUACCUGUCGAAGCCGAGGAUCAUCAGAUCGGAUGCUGAUUGACGAGAUCCAGCACCACUAUCCUGCACAGAACCUCCAACAGCAGGCAAAUAUUCACGGUGUUGCCUCAUUUAACGCUCUCCCGACUGUCUCGCCGACCAUGAUGAUAUGUUCUCCCAAUAUUUCAACACAUUUGCCGCGCGAACGUACGCUCGCGUCAUGCGCUUCGCCUCCCACCUCCAUUCCUAUAUCGGUUACAUAUCAUGACAGAGGUUCUGCUCGCGGAGAAGCCAAGUUGGCAUCGAUGCCUUCGUCACGACUAUCAUUUCUACAGUAUGCGAAGGACAAAGAAAACCAAGCCACCUUUCCACCACCACCAGCCUAUUCCUGCACAGACACAUCAAGGCCUUCUCCUAGCCUAAUCACCAACUCCCCGGAUCUUCCUCCGAGUCGGUCAGACUCCGUGCCAGCUGCACCUCUCGGAACAUUUCCCCAGAAACAUGGAACUCCUACUCCUACUUCAAGGAAAGGGAGUGGAUCGCCCACCACGGAGCGAAAGGCUAUUCAUUAUCAAUCCCCUCAGACCAAUAGGAGUCGUGUUCGUACGCGAGGAUCGUCCUCAGGAGACUCGGAGGCCAGUCAUAAGCGCCAUUGUGUCCGACAAGAUAGCCAGCCCAUUGCUCUUCUCUCCAUCGAUUCUCGUUCAGCAUGCGACCCGCUUCUGCAAUCACCUCAGUCGCUCUCCCCCAUCGAUGAGGUUUGGCUCCCGCCUAUGGAGCAGCAGUUGGAAAUGGCCCGCAAGUCAGAGCUGAAGGCCAGGUUUAGGAAGUUCAAAGCUGUCAUCGGCGAGGCUGUCGACGAGAUCAAGCAGGCAAUUGUGCCCUAUAAUAAAGACCACUGCAAGCGCAAAGUUGCUCGCACAUACACCAAUUCCGAGCCCUUCUCAAGUAUUCCUGAGUACCUCAGUUCUACAAAGCGUUGCGAACUACCUAAACCCACAAGUCCCCGUUCCCAACAAUGCACGUCAUUUGACAUUGGGAAUGAUAUUGACCAUAUCACUCAAACAUGGACGAACCUCACGCUGUGCGAUUCUCCAACAGCAUUACGAGGGGAUGGUGGGGCCGUCCAGGGCGAGGCACCCCAUCUUUCUUCAUUUCUCCCAAGAAUCAACGAGCCUCCCAGGAACCCAAGCAGAUUACCAUCCGAUCGUAGAACUGCAGAUGGUGGCGCAGUUACACAGUUCUCGAGUGGCGACGAAGUCGAGAUAUAUACGGGGGACGCUGCCAACUUGGCCGCUCCCACGUUUCGCCGACGCAGGACUGCUGAUGCCAUUCGAUGUCAAUGGAGCGGUCAUACCUCGGCUGCCUAA